AUGUCGAGCCGUUGGUUGAGACCCGAGGUGUAUCCCUUGUUCGCCGCUACCGGAGUUGCCGUUGGGAUCUGUGCGUUUUCGUUGAUAAGGAACAUCACCGGAAAUCCUGAAGUCAGAGUAACGAAGGAGAACAGAGCUGCUGGAAUUUUGGAUAACCAUGCAGAGGGAGAGAAGUAUAAGGAAAAUUUCCUGAGGAAGUAUGUUCGCAACAAGCAUCCAGAGAUCAUGCCUGGAAUCAACAAGUUCUUCACUGAUCCUACAUACUGA